AAGCGUUUACAGAAAAUUUCACAUCCUGUGAUUUUCGUGUUAAAUUAAAAUGGAAAUAAAGGAGGAAAAGGAUUCUGCUUAUGGCUGUAGCAUUAAUGAAGGCCACAGUGUUUUUGGAGAUAAAGUUCAGAGCUUCAACGGGAAGAAAAGGAAAACCGAGGAGUGGGACGAAGGAAACGAAGAUAAAACCUCCCCAAAGUCCCCAUCAUUGGAUUUUCAGUGUGAUAUAUGCUCAAAAUCCUUCCAUAGGCGCAAAAAUUUGUCAAUUCAUCAAAACAAAGUACAUUCAAAUGGGAACUUCAAGUGCAAAGAAUGUGGUCAUACAUUCCGCAAUCGCCAAUACUUGAGGAAUCACCGCAGUCGGUACCAUAGCAAAGAGAAAGACAAGAACUUUGAAUGCAAGGACUGUGGGAAGAGAUUUAUCAGCAAUGAUACGCUCAAGAAUCAUUCAUACACUCAUUCCAAUGUUAGAAGCUUCAAAUGCACAAUUUGCUUUAAAAUGUACAAAAGUGACAAAAUUGUGAAGGAGCACCUCCGGAAUGUUCAUUCAGUUGGUAAGCCGAAAAAUCGCAAAAAGAAGAUUUAUAUUAGGGAGACCGUAAAGUGUGUUCAUUGCAACAAAACCUUCGCAAGUCCUCAUACCCUCUCUGAGCAUGUUCGUGUUGUGCACAGAGGUCUUCCUAUUGAUAUUCCAGAUGGUGAAGUAAAAUGUAAAAUCUGCAAAGAGUUAUUCGAUGGCAUUGAAAGCUUGAAGGAUCACGUGAAGGUCCAUCUGGUCCAGCCAGUUGAGAAACCCUUUGAGUGCGCCAUUUGUGGGCUGAAGUACAGUCAUUUGCAUAAAAUAAGGAGGCACGUGAACAAGACUCACAUAAAGAAGUCUCAAAUACGUUUGAAUGCCUACAAACGCAAAUACGAUUGCCCAAUUUGUGGGAAGCCCUGCAAUGAACGCUCACGCUUUGAGGAUCACAUUGAAACACACAGCAAUGAAACAAAAUCCUGUUCUCAGUGCCCAAAAGUCUUUGCAACGGAUAGGAGGUUGCAAAAGCACGUGGAAAAGAUGCACGGAGAAGAAAAGUAUCCGUGUGAAAUAUGUGAAAAGCGCUAUACAACUGUUGAGGGUCUAAAGAAGCAUACAAGGCUGAUACAUACGAAGGGCGGCAAGAAAUUUCCAUGUGAUGUGUGUGGGAAGAUCUUCAAGUCAAAUUGGAGGAAACAGGGACACAUGAAGACACACAAUAGGGAUUAUAGUCUGCACGAGACAACAGAGAAGCCACCCAGGGUGCUCAGGGAGAGGAAAAAGAAAGAACCAAAGAUGCUAAAAAGUACCAUCGAUGAUGGGAUUCAGGCAGAAAAAGACAAAAAGCAAGCCAAAGGGUCAAACGGUGGGACUCUCUGUGAAAAAUGUCCUAAAAAAUUUGCAACAGAAGAUGAAUUGAGAGCGCAUGCAAUUGUUCACGUGAAAAAGACCUACAAAUGCUCCUUCUGUGGACGUGAACUAAAGACUAGGGAUACGUUAAAUCGACAUGAAAAAACUCACAAAAGAGGUCGGACAAAAAUAAAUUGUGCGUACUGCAAUAGGAAGUUCUGGAACACAGCAGAACUGAAGAGGCACACCGAAACAGUCCACCAUGGACUUCCUGUUAAUGCUGAUGGACCUCUGUCAUGCACAAUUUGCAACGAAACUUUUGAGAAUUUGGAAACUCUCGAGGAUCACGUUCAGAUCCAUCCCAAUGAUGCCUUUCAGUGUGGCUCCUGCGAUGAAACAUUCUACAGCAAGGCUGAGAUUGAGAAGCACAUCCGGAAAAUCCACAACAAAAAGUUCCGGUUUCCCAAGGAAAAACAAAUUGGAGCCUCUAGCGCUGAUGCUUCUAGUGCUAAUGCUUCUAGCGCUUAUGCUUCUAGCACUGUUGCUUCCAGCGGUAAUGCUUCUAGCGCUGAUGCUCAUAGCGCUGAAGCAGCCUUCAGCACUAAAGAUCCAUUAUUUGACGUAGAAAUAAAACAGGAAGUCGUCCAAGAUGAAGAAAUCUUGUCGGAUUUUCCAUCUGAGAGGAAAAUAAAGGUCGAAAUGGACGGCGACGAAAUGUUCUUCACUGUUACAGAAAUUUCCGACACAAAAAUCAAAAUGGAAGUUGAUCCUCCGGUUGUUGUGAAGGAAGAACCAAGAGAAGUAAUGCAAUCUUGUAGUGAAAAAAUUGACGUGGAGUACUGUAUUGUCAAGGAAGAGUACAUAGCUGAUGAACCUGCAGAGGAGAACACAUUCAGUCCUCCUGAUCCACUCAGUUGUGCCACAGAACUCCCAAAGACAGAAGAAGAAUCUCCAGAUGAAGAGGACGAACUCCCGGAAGAUUCCAUAAAUCCCCUUCGGGAAGAAAAGACUGCAGCAGAGAAGGAGGCUGCCUCAGAGCCAGCAGUACAAUUUGUGAUAACAGAACUACGUGAGAGGAAGCACAAAUGUCAAAUCUGUGGAAAGACCUACUUCCGUGCCUGCCACCUGAGUGAUCACAUGAUUUACGGGCAUUCAAAGGAACUCAAUUUCCGCUGCCCAAAAUGCCCAAAAGCCUUCCCGCACAAACGAAAUCUCAGCAUGCACAUCUCCAAUGUUCACGACGGCGGGAAGUAUCAGUGCACCCAAUGCGAGAAGACCUUCACGAGUGACCCGUACCUCAGGCGGCACCUCCGAACGCACGGAGCUGAGAAGAAGCACGUCUGUGAGAUUUGUGACAAGAGAUUCCUCCAGCCGGCAAAUCUGCGGGAGCACAUGCUCAUCCACACGAAGGUGCGACUGCCAAAGACACCCAAAAUCCGGGCAUUUCCCUGCAGCUACUGCCACAAAGUGUACAAAAGUAAAGUUUCCUUCAAGAAGCACGAGGCACGGCAUGAAGAUAAAAUUGAGGAAGCAAAGGAAGCUGAGGAAGAAGAUCAAGUUGAAGAAGAAAUGCACGAUGAAGAAGGUCAGGAGAGUCAUGAUGAAGCUCCUCAGGAAGCUAAAGAAGAUACCCAGGAGGCCCGAAUAAGUGAGGAGGAAGCUCAAGAAAUCCACCGGAAAGUACAAGAAGAGAAUCAGGAGGCUCAGGAAGUUCAGGAAACUCACAGAGAUGACCAGAUAGGGGAAGGAGUGCAAGAAAAUCAUUCGAGAGAGUCUCCUAGAGACAACCUCUCCAGGAUGGAGACAACGGAUACCGAAGGAAGUUUACCCGUUAAUUUGGAUAUUGUCAAGGAAGAAUAUUCCGUACAGGAUGAGGUGGCUUUUGUGGGAGAAGUUCAGGAUGUUGAUCAGGACAAGGAGGGCUCGCUGGAGAGGACACAAUUUGUUGUGGAGGAAGUACAACCCGAUGGGAGACGCAAAUGCACAUAUUGCUGCCCAAAAUGCCCCAAAACCUUCCCAGCACGGAACAAUCUCACAAUUCACAUGAAGGUGCAUACAUUUCAUGAUUCCCUCACUUGUGUCACCUGCGGGAAGACUUUCAAGAACCGCCGACGUCUCCUGGCGCACCUAAAGACGCACCAUGACGCGAAGUUUGAGUGCAAAGAGUGUGGGAAGAAGUUUAAGUCGAGAACAAGCAUGAAGCCACAUAUCCUGAAAGUUCACCACGGGAUGUCAGAUUUCGAAGUAUCUGGGAAGAAAUUAACAUGUACGGUGUGCAGAGAGGUCUUCCCAACGGAUUGGAAGUAUAAAAAGCAUCGUCGAACGUUCCAUGGCGGCAUUGUGGACGUGGCGCCCCCAAUUGUGGAGUUUGUGACGAGAGAAGGCGUCGGGGAUGAGGGUGCAUUUCCCUGCCCAAAAUGCCCAAAAGUUUUCCGGGCGCAGAAGUUCCUCGGUAGCCAUUUGCGUGCUCACAGUGAUGAUCAGCUGGUUUGUGAUACCUGUGGGAAGACAUUCGAAGAGCGACUGAGUCUCGUGGAACACCUCAAGAGUCACGAAGCGCCCAAAUUUGCAUGCAAGGAAUGUGGGAAACAAUUUGACUCACGAGCUAGCAUAAAGCCUCACAUGCUGAUGGUUCACUACGGAUUACCAGAAUUCAACGUAUCAGACGAGAAGUUCACGUGCAAUCUGUGCGGGAAGGAAUUUGACGCGAAGAAGAAGCUUGAGAGUCAUUGGUUCUACCACACAGCCAUCCGGAAGCACGAAUGUCCGGCAUGUGGGAAGAAGUUCAAGACUCUCCCCGCCCUGAGGACACACUACAAGUUUGUCCACACGGAUGAGCGUCCAUUUGUGUGCAAUAUCUGCGGUGAUGCCUUCAAGAAGCGUCCGGAUUUGCGGAAUCACGGACUCACGCACAUGGAGCUGAAGGUAUUCGAUCGCAUCCCGUGCAAGCUGUGCGGGAAGACCUUCAAGAGGCCGGUCUACCUGAAGAAUCAUCUACGCAUCUACCAUGCUGAGAAAAUGGAAUGUGAGAAGUGUGGGAAGAAGUAUAAAUCGAAGGAGAGCAUAAAGUUUCACAUAAUGCACGUUCAUCUUGGGAUGUCCGGAUUUGAAAUAACGGGCAAGCGGUUCAAGUGUGAGGAAUGUGGGAAGGAAUUCUUCCUCUUGAAAGCAUUCAGGAAUCAUUUGUACACACACAGUAAGACAAGAGACUUCCUGUGCCCCCAAUGCCCAAAAUCCUUCAAGACUAAAUACGAGUGCAAUCAUCACGAGAGGAAUAUCCAUGCAGCAGAAAGACUGGCUUGUACCAUCUGCUCAAAAACCUUCAAGGUACUCCUGUCGCUGAGGAAUCACAUGAAGAAGAAGCACAGCAGUUCUGGCCGAGCUUCUGGCAGAUUGGGUGAGAGGAAGAGCCCGAGGAAGCAUCAGGAAGGGUCCUCCUCCACAGCUUCCUCCAGUUCUGCCAAAGAUGUUAAAGAAGAAAGGACACUGACAAGGAUGUUGGAAGGGCAUCAAGAAAAUCAAGAAGGAAAUUCCACAGAAGAUCUUCCAAAGGAUUUUCCAGUUAAUCCUUUUCAGAUUAAAAAAGAGAAAAUUGACGAAGAAGAAGGAUUAACGAAUUUUAUUUCUUCAAAAGAAAUAAAAACUGAAUUUGAUCCUUUUAUUAAAUCUGAAAGGGAUUAAAUGGAGAAAGGAGCUUUGAAUGGGUUGCGGAACAUGUGUAAGAUGGCUGAGAUAAGGAAGAAUCCUUAAGUAUUUUGAUGUUAAAGGACGUGCAAGUAAUGAAGACUGUAAAUUAUAUUCCUUAAUAAAAUUAAAUUAACUUAA